GCUUCAUCCCGGUGCGCGCGUGUUUCGGGAGAGCUUUGCUUAUAAGGUUGGGGAAGAGUUAAAACGAUCCUUCGUUUCAUGAAGUUUGCUGAACGUAUUCAGGGGUCAUAGACGGGUUGUGCACGGAAAUAACACACCAUGUUCUCCCCCCGUGCCACCGCCGGUUCGGCCCGUAGACAAACGACAAGGGCAGCCAGCAGGAAGAGCCUCGUCGCUACACCAACAGGUCUGCUUUUUUCCCCGUCUCGUAGAACAUCUCUGACUGCAAGAGCGACUCCCACGAGAGUGCAGAGCCAGUCGGCUGCAGAGAGUGUCAACUAUGAUGUCCAAACAUUCGGGUCAUCGCUCCCUGUCAAAGUCAUGGAGGCUUUGACGAUGGCAGAUGCUGAGGAUCAGAUCUCAGUGAAGGUGGAGGAGACUGGCUGGGCCUGGAUGGUGUGUGGGGAAAGGCUGAUUGUGUGGAAGAUUUGCCAAACCGCUGUAGCCAAGCUGUCAGUCUGUAAAGACCUGCAGUUGCCCCCCAGUGAGUUUACCUAUUCCGCUGACCUGGUUGCCAUAUCGUCCCAGGGCUCAGUGGAAACUGCUCCUGUUCAGUCAAUCUCAGUCAUGGCAGUAUCUCCUGAGGGAACAGUUCGAUACUGGCCCAGUCUGGCUCAUGAGGGGACCUACACAGAGACUGAGGCAGACCUGGGAGAAAACCUCUGCAACUUCCUCACUGCUGUGAAGGGGAACAGCUUUGUCCUCUCCUCCUACAAGAACCAAUUGCUGCGUGUGGGACCGGACAGCUCCGGGAGGCUCCAGCAAAGGCCGCUGCAGCAGGGGCAGGGGGUCCUGUCAGGGAUUGGCCGCCGUGUCUCCAGCCUCUUUGGCAUUUUGGCCCAACCCACCGAUGUCGCUCUCCACAGCCUUCUGUGGGUGCGGGAGACAGGCUGCCUCUACACCCUCACCAGCUGCAGCCUCAACAAAUGGGAGGUGGAGGAGAGCUCUGAGCACCAGGUGCUCAGCUGGGACAUCAGCAGGAACCUGCGACACAGCAUUGCAGAUGCUAUCUGGGGCUCAGAAAGCAGCUAUGAAGAAAUCAAGGAGGGAGUGAAUGUGACGUAUCUGGACAUGAAGAUUGGCCAGGAUGGGCUGGUGAUCCUGGCAGCAGCCUGGCACCCUGCGGACACUCCCUGCCUGGCAUACUUCUGCCUGCUCACUGUGCCGGAUAGCAGCACCAGCGUCUCAGACGAAAUCUCCGUAGAGGUCACCAAGCAUAACCCCCCCUUUCAGAGCGAGGAUGAUCUGCAGACAGUGCACCUGCUACUGCCCCGCUCUUCAGGCCCUGCUGCCUACCUGUACAGCGAGGACCACGUGUUCGCCUGCUCCACUGGUACCGGGAGGGCCGGCCUGCCAGAAGAGAAGAUCUCCUUCAGCUCCCCCGGGGACCGUCUCCUAGGUGCGGGCUGCUGCGCUGACCUGCCAGUGUUCUUCUCCCAGAAUAGUGGCCUGGUUGCCGUGAUAGCACAGGAUAGCACCUCGGUGCUCCCCGAGACCAUGGAGGACUCCCUGUGCUCCUCUGUGGCUGGACCUGCACCAGAGGGAUCUGCCAUGGAGAGUUCCACAAGGAUGGAGAUGGUGGCUCAAGAAGACAAAAUCAAGCUUCUGAAAGCAGCUUUCCUGCAGUUCUGCAGGAAAGAUUUGCUGGGUGCUCAGACAAUGACCGAUGAGCUUUUCCCCCCCGACGUGGACUGGGAGACCGAUGCGGAGCUGGAUGGGGUGGUGACACAGAUUGACCUGGACCUGGUGGACGAUUACCCUGCCUCUGACCCCCGGUGGGCAGAGUCGGUGCCCGACGAAAGUGCCGGAUUCUCUCUCUCAUCUUUGAUUCUCCUGCACCAGCUGGAGGACAAGAUGAAAGCCCACUGCUUUUUCAUGGACUUCCUCCAGCAGGUGGGCCUGCUGGAGCGCCUCAAUGCAGUCCCUGUGCGCUCUGCCCUCACACCAACCCGCCUGCUGCUCUGUGAGCAUGCCGAGAAGCUCUCUGCCGCCAUCGUGCUCAAGAACUACCAUGCCAAACUGCCCGAGCUGGUCAACAGGGCAAUCCUCUGUGCUCUGAGGAAGAACGGGGUCGACGUCCCUGCCAGCCUCACCCCCGCCGACGUCUUCUUCAGGGAGGUGUCCCAGAUUUCCUCCAUCUUUGAGUGCUUGCUGGAGGAGGAGGAGCAGACACUGAAGGACUACCCCGUGGACUCAGUGGAGUGGGCCGAGGUUGUGGUCAACGUCAACAACAUUAUCAAGGAUAUGCUGCAGACAGCCAGCCAUUACAGGGAAACGAAGGCCUCUCAGUACAGAGCCCCUGAGAGUGACCGGGUGGAGCCAGAGUUCAUUCCCUGGACAGCCUCUAGCGGCCCAGGGGGUGUGCGGACAGUGAUCACCCGGCAGCACGAGAUCAUAGUGAAGAUGGUGUACCCGCACGCAGACACGGAGCUACGAGCCUCCCUGAACGAGCAGCUGGUGGCGCUGCUGGAUGCCUACCUCAGUGGCUAUGUGGCGCAGCUGAACUCUCUGAGCUGGCCCAGUCAGCAAGAGCGCUAUAACAGCCUGGAGAUGGAGUACACACAGAAACGCUCUGAACUGCUCACCCCACUAUUGGAGCUGGGUCAGUAUCAGUGGGUCGCCCCUCUGGCUGAGAAGUACUGUGACUUCGACAUCCUGGUGCAGAUGUGUGAACAGACGGACAACCAGAGCCGACUGCAACGCUACAUGACCAAGUUUGCAGACCAGAACUUUGCAGACUUCCUGUUCCGCUGGUACAUGGAAAAAGGCAAAAGGGGGAAGCUGCUGUCCCAGCCCAUUGCCCAGCACCAGCAGCUGGCCAGCUUCCUACAGGCCCAUGAACACCUCAGCUGGCUGCACGAAAUCAAUGUCCAAGACUACCAGAAGGCCCAUCGGACUUUGUAUGGGCUGGCCAACAUGGAGAUACGCUACUUUGCCAAGAAGAAGACCUUGCUGGCACUGAGCAAGUUGACAGCCCUUACAUCCGACUUCUCUGAAGGGGUAUUGCAGAGGAAGUUGGAUGACAUUGUGGAACAGGAGCGCUUCCUCCUUCACCAGGAGACCCUCCCCAAGCAGCUGCUGGAGCAGAAACAGCUGAACCCUGACACCAUGCCCUUGCUCAGCGCCCACAACCUCAUCAAUCUAUACAUCUGCGAUGACAACAGAAGGGCCAACGAAUAUGAUUUCAAGAAAGCCCUGGAUCUCUUGGAGUACAUUGAUAAGGAGGAAGCAGUGGACAUUGAAGGCCUGAAGUGCGAGAUAUUCUGCAAGGCUCUCAAGAAAGACGAUUGGUCCUCUGCCGAUGGGAAUGAUGACCCUUUGGAAGCGACAAAGGACAGCAUCUUCGUGAAGAUCCUGCUUAAACUUAUUCAAGAAGGUGUUCAGCUUCAGAGUUAUUUGCCAGAUGUCGAAGACCUGCUUCGUUCAGAGGAGUUGGAGAGGCUCAGAACAAAACCUUGUUUUGAGUUUCUCCUACGGGCCAACUAUGAACAUUACCUGCAAGCGCAGAUGUGAGCGUGGAAGGUUAUGUUUCCUCAAGCAGUGUUUUUGCACUUGGAUCUCUAAUUCCUUUUAAACUUUGGGAAAAAAGUUUGAUUUUGUAAUAAACUUCAUUUUUCUGUUACAUCCAUCUUAUUUGCACAAUGACUACAAAGGUUUUAAGACAUCAUUCAAAUAGACGACAGGACAA